CGCGCGUAUUGCCCCCGAGCCCACGUAACCUAAAGCCGCACACCCCCUCACCGUUCCGCUCACCGUCGGUAACCGUACUCCGCCCAUCUCGCUUAAAAUCGAGGAUCUGGUCACCGCCGCUUCAUCGUCUCCGAUCCAUGGUGAUGUCCGCCGACAUCCCAUCCCGGCCGCCGGAUCCCUCCCCGCCGCCGCGCCUCUCCCGGAUGCUCCACAACUCGUCGUUCCCAAUCUUCAAGACCUGGGGCACUCAGCGUCUCCUUCGCUGCGCCAACGUCAACGGCAAAGGCGAGAUCAUCGAACCCCGUCCGAGAUUCGCCCGGAUCGGGUCGCCGGAGGAGGAUGGGGACGAUGAGGAUGGGGAUCGGGACCUGGAGGAGAUGCGCGAGAAGCUGAUGGUCCAUGUCCGUGAAGCCGCCGGGAAGAUGGAACUCGCCGGGGAACCGGAGGCGACUCGUCCAUGGACUCUUCGGCCGAGGAAGUCGGUGGCUAGGGUUUCGUCGAUUGCGGAGCCGGAUCUGAACCCUUCUACGCCGGCGAGGUUCUCUCUGACGCUCUCUAAGGACGAGAUCGCCGAAGACGUCUACGCGAUCACCGGAUCCCUUCCCCGGCGCCGGCCACGGAAGCGCGCUCGUGCCGCUCAGAAGAAGCUCGACGCGCUUUUUCCGGGUGGAUGGCUCUCAGAGAUCACGUUGGACUCGUACAAGGUUCCAGAAUGAAAAAGGACAAGGA